UAAGCGCCUUAUUCACGGUCCAUUUGGCUGUACGUCCCGCCAAGGUCAUACACGAUGCACGACGCAAAACGACAGUGAAUAGUAUUGACGUACGUAAAUAAUUAUUAUUAUUAUGUUGCUGGAUGUGCACGACCAAUUUUUCAUCCAGCGAGCACCCCCACCACCGCGAACGUCGUGCAGAUGGACAGUGAAUAGCGCGGACGUACUUCAGAGCGGUCCUGCAUCGUGCGUGUUCGAUCUUGAUCUUGAAUAGGCUUGCUGUACAGCAGAUUAGCAUACCUAAUUGAGCUUGUCUUUCACGCAAAUAGCAUGUGUCAACAAAUGGAUCGUGAAACGAUUACGAGGUUUAUUGAAAAAUAUAAGUUGCACAAAUGUUUAUGGAAUGUUUCCAGCGUCGAUUAUAUUAUGCAAAAACAAAAAAUAAUCAAUGCUUGGAUGAAAAAAUUAUUAUAUACGUUUAUGAUACAUUUUUUUCAUCCAAAACCUCUUCCUUUUUCUUUUAUUCUCUUCUGCUGCUGACAAUAUCAGAAGAACUCCCAUUUUUUGGCGUUUUGAUAAAGCAGGUGGCAUUUUCACACAAUAUGCCCUCUCGUUAUCGUUCGAUUUAAAUGCCAUGCUUGAUGCGCGCACGAUCGUCAGUAGGAUACAUCCAGCACCGCAGCCUUGAGGUCACGUACAGCGGGGACGGACCGUGAAUAGGCGCUUAAACUGUGGCUUAAACUUGUUUGUGUUGAUGGGAAAAUUAUUAAAUGAAAAAUUUCAUGCCAUGUCAUAACCACAUCAUAACUAUGAUUUUCCGUCUUCUGUAAUAAUAGUUUUGAUUCCACAUUGUGUUUUCAUUCGUAGGAGUUUAAGCAUGUAAUUUCCAAUAUUUGUCAACUUUAUUUUAAAACUAUGAAUAAAUAAAACACAAAAUAAUGUAGAUAAUUUAUUGUUCUAUUAAUAUCUCUUAUAAUAAAUUAUAAUUCACAAUUUAUUAAUAGACUUAUUUAAAUAUUUAGAGAUAAGUGUAUCUGUACAACGUAAUGUACAAAUGUUCAAUAUGAUAUUUUCUUUAAAAAAAUAAUAAAUAAAAUAUAUGGUGAAAUAUACUAAUGAUUAUAACUAAAAUAGGUACGUAGAACCCCGUUAAGUCGAACCUCGAUAAGUAAAAACCUUGAACUAUCUCGAACAAAGCAACGUUUUAUUUUACAUCCUUUACAACUUGAACAUUGGAAUUUAUUACCUCUAUUGUUCGAACAACAAUAAGUUACCGACUUUAAGAACUUGCCGACAAUGUAAGUACACUAUUGUUUCUGAGAAAACAUUUUAGGAGAAUACGAUAAUAAAUUUAUGACUCACGCAAACACGCUUGCUUGGUGUCAGGUGUUCAAUUUUGAUUUCCUUUCGACUUAAAAAUGUCAGAAGUAGUUUGGUUCUACUGCAAUACACAUCAAUUAGUACAACAGUCAACAUGAGUGCUGUGAAACGUAAACUAAAAACUUUGAGUCUUGCUGAAAAAUUAGAAGUGCUCGAAGCUGUGAAGAGGUGUCAAAAAAAGAAAGAUGUUGCUGAACAAUUUGGCCUGCCAAUGAGUACUCUUUCAACAAUAAUAAAAAAUGAAUCAAACAUCAUAAGAAAUAUACAAAACGGUCAAAGUUUGUCCUGCAAAAGACGACGAAUUGCAGAAUAUCCGGGCUUGGAGGAAUGCUUAUUUAAAUGGUAUGAGGAGUGUCGUAGCCAAAAUAUCAGUGUUAGUGGACCACAGUUACAAGAAAAAGCCCAAAUAUUUUCUAAAACAUUGGGAAUCGUUAAUUUCAGAGCCAGUAAUGGAUGGUUAGAAAAAUUCAAAAAAAGAAAGGACCUUGUUUUUAAAAAAGUUUGUGGGGAAAGUGCAAAUGUCAACAUUAUCGAUUCAGUAGUUCAGAAAACUGAUACUAAUGAUUUAGAUGACAUAGAAGACGUGAAUAAUACAAUUAUCGAUUCAGUAGUUCAGAAAACUGAUACUAAUGAUUUAGAUGACAUAGAAGACGUGAAUAAUACAAUUAUCGAUUCAGUAGUUCAGAAAACUGAUACUAAUGAUUUAGAUGACAUAGAAGACGUGAAUAAUACAAUUAUCGAUUCAGUAGUUCAGAAAACUGAAACUAAUUAUUUAGAUGACAUAGAAGACGUGAAUAAUACAAUUAUCGAUUCAGUAGUUCAGAAAACUGAAACUAAUUAUUUAGAUGACAUAGAAGACGUGAAUAAUACAUGCGCUCCAUGGGUUUCCAUCCAAGAGGCGCGAACCGCAUUGAUAACCUUACGUAAUUUUAUAGAGCAAACCAGUUACUCUAAAGAAGAAUUUUCUGCUCUUUAUAUAUAAGACAAUGAUAUAUUUUUUAUUUUAAAAUGAUUUGAAAUAAUGUUGAUUUAUAAUAAAUAAAAAUAUGUUUGUCACCUCUGCAA